AUGUCAAAGGCAUGUUAUGAUUAUUUUGUGGAGAAAACGCCAAAAGAAUGGAGUGAAAUUGACUUCUUGUCAUGGCUAAACGAGGAAGACCUUUUCGCCGAAGAGGGGUUACUUAUUCACGACAGAUGGUCUAGAUGGCAUCAACGCUUUCAUACGGGCUUGGAUACCGUCAUUUCUCGACACAAGAGUAAAGACGACAACAACCCCGAAUCUUUAAGACGAAUAAAUUCGGCGAUUAAUCUUAAUAAGACUCGGUCUACUGGCUUGAGAGAUAUGGCCAAUCCGUUAUGGAGCGGCCCGUUUGGGCAUGUGGCUGAGGUUGUAACCGACCACACCGUUAUGGCAGGCCGGAUUCAGGACAAUCUUUUUAGUCUACGGGCUUGGGAGAUAUGGCCAAUCCGUUAUGGAGCGGCUGUCUUGGCUAUACAACUGUUUGCACUUCUGAUCUCUGAAUAUACCUUUUAUUAUCCCAACAGAAGUUUGCGAAUGGUGGCAGUCAUUACUGUCGCAGAGACAGCAACAAACCCUCAAAGACCAGGAGCGGUUGAUAAUAGCAAAGGACUCUCUGGAACAAGUCAAGUGGACAGCAGCCCGCAACCAAAAUACACGAAAAAGAUUUUUGGCAGCAGACAGCAAAGUGUUAUGACGAUCACAGAAUAUGGUGGGAUAUGUUGGAGCCCAACUCCUAAGCGAGUACAGCUUGAGAUAUCAACUCCGCCAACUAAUGUCACAAAUCAGUGUCAAAUCAGAAUAAUCAACUUUCUACCAUGUGACAAAGAGGAUUUCUCGUCAGACUCCGACUCUGAGAUUAUACCAGUUUCUCUUACGAACAUCUUUCUUGAAACUUCUGUCGAGCUUGAGAGGAUUCCAGACCAGACAGCCGAAUCGGAUGCACCUCGCACUCCCCAUCCUCAGCGUAAGACAACAAUCUACACAAUGCACCGUUAUAAAGGAGGUUUGCAUAUUGUUGACAUCCUUACCAACUUCACGAUUCCGGACAACAAGGACCAGACAUGUGUGCUAGAUGAAAUCGUAGAAAAAGUGUAUUCUUUUAAGAGCCGUGUAAUGGAUUAUUACCUUAAGUUGCAGGAAAUCUCGUGGAAGGCGCAGAAAUAUACUCCCUCAAAUGAAAAUCCGUUAGAAGUGUCACCAGCCAAAAAAAACAAUUGCAAAACGAUCAAGG